CGCGUGGAUUGGGUCGUGUCCAAGUUCAAUGCUCUCAACCAUCUAGGCUGGGUCAGCGGCGCCUGUUACAUGUCGCAAUGCGGCUGCAUGCUCCCGUUCGGCCGAUGCCUCGCCGCCUUCAACACCAAGUAUGUCUUGAUUGCAGCAAUUGUCUUCUUCAUGAUCGGAUUCGCCAUCUCCGGCGGUGCUCAAGGAUGGCUCCAAGAAUCUUUCCGAUCCGGCCCGCCCUUGGAUCUUGAUCGACUGGACCGAUUAUUUCGUCGUGACAUGCAGCCUUGUGUGCUUCAUUCUCGCAUUGCGAUUCUCUAUGGUCUUGGUAUCGGAUUCACCCGGAGUGUUGCCUUCUUGUCGGUGCGGGCGGACAACCCCGAAAGCGAAGUCCCAGCCGCCAUCGCCAUCGUUUUGUUCACUGAGCUCUUCGGUGGAAUGUGUGGGCCAGUUAUUGGCAACGCGAUUCUGCAGAGUGGCUUGUUGAGAUAUCUGACCGCAAACGGUGUCGAAGGGGAAACAAUCGCUUCUGUUCAAGCUUCCGUCUUUGCGAUUUGGGAAUUGAGCGCCCAGCUUCGCACCCAGGUCAUCAAGGGGUACAUCAAGGCGCUCAACGACAUCUAUAUCGGAGCUGUGGCAAUCUAG